CAUUUUCUAUUCUAAUAUUCAUUAUUGCACAAACUUUCAAGUAAUAAGUAUAACAUUUAACAUUUUUGUCAUUGUUUUAAGAUGAUUCUAUUGUUUUUAUUGGUUGUACCGGGAAUAAUAGGCGGCACUCUACCUAUGAGAAAAUAUUUCACUACCCAAAAAAAUCUAGUGAUACUUGACCAUAACGAUGGAUUAAUUCAACUUGUGACUGCAAAUGAUGUUUGGCCAUCAUUUAUUAAUUACACACAAGACAUUACGGAUAAAACAGGCAUUGAUAUUAUAGUUGGAUUUGCUGAAUGCAAUGAUUCACAUGAAUUCAAUCACAUUAUCAUAAAAUCAAUGGACAUUUGCGAUAUUUUGAGUAACUCGGUUGGCAUGCCUCCGAUCCCACAGACCAAAUUUAUGAUACCAGAAAUGUUGGGUCUCUUUGGAACUGAAUGUCCAAUCAAGGCAGGUCUGAGGAAUAUUAAUCCUUAUAGAUUUCCUACAGUCAUUGAGAUGGAAGACAUUGGUACUGGUAUCAGAGAAUUUAUUAUCAAAAUAGAUGACAGAAACAAAAGUCUACCUAUAAUCACUUUAGCCACUACAUUAGAUAUGAAGUAUUGGAAUGAUAAAUAUUUAUUAACGGAAUCUUCUUCUUCAAUAUUGACUCCUUCCAUAAUGGCAUUAUCUGUAGUAUUUAUUAUUGAAAAAUUCAUUCUAUAAUUCUAUAUUUACCAAAGGAUUUUUUUUGUAAAAUUUUUUAAUUAACAGAGUUAAUUAAAAAUAAAAUAUCCAUUGAUAUGCAUUGAAUAGAAUUUUCCUCAUCAUCAAGUUGGUUUGAAAUUAAUAUUUAAAAGCACUCACCAGAAUAAAAUAUAAAUGUUAAAUAUAUAAAUAUAUCAUACAUUACUUUAUACUAAUGACUUCGUAUAUUCCCACAUUUUCUCGUGUUUCAUAUAAAAUCGAAACAAAAACUCGGUGUGAUGUCGUUUCUCGCAUAUUUUGUAGAAGUAUACGCGAACAACCUGAAUGUACAAGGAUUACUUCCGAUUAGCAUCUAAAUCCUAGCGUAGUGACCUAUUUUCACGGCAAUACUUUGCCCGAGCGCUUCCUCUAUACAAUGAAAAUGCCAGAAUACGUAAUAGAAAGAUAUUUAAUUAGCUUCGUUUUUUAUGUAUGAAAUAAAAAGGAAAAAAUUUUAUGUCACAAGAAUGCGACUGAUGAUGAGUUUUUAAGUUCAGAGACAAUAGAUGAAAAAAUAAAAUGUUGGAAAAAA